CAUGCGCUGGACUAAGUUACUGCUUCGCCUUUUCCGGUGUCGGCUUGAACAUCGCGCGGCAGAGCUACUGUCCUUAUUAUUUUGAGAUGCCAAGCAAGAACUGUGCGAUUCCAGGAUGCCCUGCUUGCAAAAGUCGACACAGAGGUCUGUCAUUUUUCCGCAUCAAAAGAGUAGACAAUAAGGACUGGGAAAGAGCUCUUGUGAGAGCUGUGAAUCGUUGUGAUUCUAGCUUCAACGUUGAAAUAGCGACCAUUUGCUCCAGACAUUUCAAACCGGAAUGUUAUAUUGAAGGUGAAGGCUUUAGUCGUCAUCUUAUCCCAGGAAGUCUACCCACGGAGUUUAUGCCAAAAAAGAGCAUUGAAACACCCAAGCCUGAAGCUAGAAAGCCACCAACUCGGCGCCCAUCUCCAGAACCUGUUGAGAGAGUGAAAUACUACACUUACGACGAGGUCCGCAAGGCCGCAGUUAAAGAGCUACCUUCUCCAUGGCGUCUGCUGUCGGAUACCAGUGAUAACAUUAUUCUAGCUUCUUUUUCAGAAAAGUUCCAAGUGAGAGUGAAAGUAACAAUCAUGCCAGAUUUUGCAGUUAGAGUCAGUGCAUUUGAUUUUCUUAUUCAUAACUUUGCAGCAAAUGUUGAAAAAACUUCAGUUACUGAGCUCUUAAAAAAAAUUUCCUCUUUGCAUCUUUGUCCUGGUGUAACAGAUCAUACUCUGCAGAAUUUUGCUGAAUUGCCUAUUGUUGACAGUCAGCAACUGUAUUUCAGACAUAUACAAUAUACAACAGAUGAAACAGGUAACAUAACACAUUUGUCUUCAGUUAGGUCAAAAUCUUGUGAACUGUUAUUAGAAUCAGAAUGUGAAUUGUGCAAACAAUGUGCAUACACGCAAACCCUUCUUGUGAAGAGACUUAGAUAUGUAGAAGAACACAAAAAUAAGCCACUUUCAAAGAACACUCCACUUCAGCGUGUAAACAGAGAGAAACUGGUUCUUGAGGUUAAAAAAUUGAGAAAGAAUAAUAAAUUGUUGCUCAUGUCAUUGGACACUAAUUGAAUGAAACUCAUGUCUAAUUGUUUUAUUUCCCAAUGUUGAUGAUCAUGUUUACAUACAAUACAUUUUCAUUUCAUUUUCUGAUAAGGAUAACUUUUGUUUACAUUUUAAGAUUGUUGACUAUAACAAUCGAAAGAACUGUUUUGACUUGAAAGAUGUGUUUAAACAAUGUAUAUGUGGCCUCUGAUUUUGUGCAAGAAAAAUACCUGACUUGCUUGUCCUCAUAAUUAACCUUUGGUUUGAUAAAAUUUAAUGAGAGUAACUUUGCAGCAAUAAAUGUUUUACUAACUGGCAGUAUGAAGUCCUGAAUGUGCACUGCAUAUUACAUAUUUCUUUGAGAAAGGAUAUGUACUUGAGACCUUAAACUGUAUAUGAUUUCAUUACCCAUAGACAUGUAUAGGUGGACUGCUGUCUGUCUGCCAAGACCAACGCUUAGCCUCUUGAGAAGUUCUCCGCUGUUAGUCUCGGCGAGCCUAAAUAAAGAAUGUGACUAAA